UGUGUGCCACACUUUAAAAUCACUGCACCCUAAAUCAUAGUAGGUAUGCCUUGGCAUUUAGGUUUGACCUUUGGUGUGGCUUAUCCCCAAAAAGGUUGAGAACAUCUGCCCUAGAGAACGUGAUAGGCGUAGUUUUUGGAGUCUGGCGGGUUUUGUACAAGGCUGAUGCUACUUGAAGUUAAAACACGUCUACGAAGUUGAAAACAAAUCGUCGGACAGUGUUUAGUCUUAUAGUCACAUGGAGAAACGAAAGAUAAUUUAGAGAACAACCCGAGGAGAAAAGUCACAGGUGAGGACUCAAAACAUUAGGCUACUUAAAAGUGAUACCCCGCGUUCUGGACAACCAACGCGUCAUUCAAACGUCACUCCAACGCUGAGCCCUUCUGCUAUAACUCCCACAGAGGGAUGGCCGCGUGUCAUAUGAAGGGGCAGAUGCCCUGAAAAUGUCUCCAGAAAGAAGAAAACAUGUCUGACUCCAGGUCCUGAUGCAGCUGUACACCUCGGGGGGCAGUAACUUGAUCAUGUUCACAUUGUCAGCAUUUGCUGCCUUAAUUCCACCACUGGUUGUUCUGGCCUCUAAAUCUCAACAUUGCCAACCCCAGACCAGUACCUCCUUUCAUGAGUCCUCUGCUCUUGCGUCGCUCCAGUGCCGUAAUGACUACUCCACUCACAUACAGUGCAGCUGGACACAGCCCCCCAACACCCGCCUGCACCUCUUCCACCUGGCUGUGUUCAGGAACAGGAGCACUGAGUCACCCUGUGUGCCUGUUCCUCCUCCAUCCCAGGAUGCAGAGGGUCACCUCAAAGCCCACUGUCGGUACAACACCAGUAUGUUUGUCAUCCAUGCGCAAGACUUUUUUUUCUUCAAGGUUCCUCAUGUGAAGUUCCUCUCCAAGACUGUUGACCUUCACAAUCAAGUGAGAGAUCCUCCACACCACCUGUCCGUGAAGGUCACAGAGGAGGGACAUUCGGAGUUGACCUGGCAGAGCCCUGGGACCCUCGAGCCCUCCCCAUCCUCCACCUAUCAGGUGCACUACAGACAGACCGACCAGGAGUGGACAGAGCUGGAGGUCCAGGGUCAGGACCUGCGUCUGGAGGCGUCUGCACUGGUGCCUGACGGCAGGUACGAGGCCAGGGUCAGAGCCAAGAGCCAUCAGAGCGUCUGGACGGAGUGGAGCCCCCUGGUGCACUGGAGGCCCAGUGAAGCAUCUCUGCCAGGUCCCUCUAAUCUUGGUUGUGUUUUGGACGGAGAGAAGAAGGUGCUCUGUAGCUGGGAGGCACACGGAGACCUCGCUCAAUAUGUCACCUACAAUCUGUCCUACCGCAUCAACCCCACAGCACAGCCUGGCCAGUGCUGUCCCCAGCCCCCCGGGCUCCUCAACAGGACGGCUCCAGUGCUGGGCUUCGGCUGCACUCUCCCCGUCACCGUGGCCAGGUCCCUUCAGGUCCAGCUCAAGGCGAUGCCCAUCAGGAGAGAAUUUAAGUCCCACAAACACAUCCAGCCCCCCAGGCCCACUGGCGUCCAGGUGGAGGGGAGGGGGGACAACUGGAGGCUGAGCUGGACUCCGCCCAAGCUGCCCACUGUUCCCAUCGCCAUGGAGAUUUACUACUGGAGCGCUGACACGCCGGAGGACCGUACAUCCUUCACUCUGGAGGCUCACACAGACUCCCACUCCAUCCCAACUGCAUCACUACAACCCUCCACGCGCUACUGUGCCCAGGUCCGAGCGCGGGUGGACACGUCAAGGAGCAGCCAUUACAGCGGCUAUCCCUCCCUGUGGAGCGAACCCGUCCACUGGACCACAAGCUCAGUCCUGUGGUCAGCCUUCAUGAUCUCAUAUGUGACUAUGGCAGCCUGUGUGUUUGUAACAGUCUUUCUCCUUUACAUCUGUCAAAGGAGGUUCAGGCAGUGGGAAGUAUCGAUCCCAACACCUGUCAACAGCAAAGUGCUAAAGGACAUCUCAAAAGGCAACCAAAAAUCCCAAGUCAAGGGGGAAAUGACCCAGCCUGAAGCGGACAGCCCCCACAUUUACCAGGCCCACAUCAUGGAGCUGUCCCUGGCCCCAGACGUCCUGUCAGAGGAGCUGGACGACGUCUCCACUUCCUCUUUUCCCACCAGGCUCUCGGCCGACGCUCAGACAGGAAGUAUCCUGGCUGUCGAGGAGGAUGAUUUGUACCAGCCGGUGCCCUGCUGUGGGUUCGACGCAGACAAAACGCUCGCCACGCCCUCUGCAUCAAAGGCUUCUGAGUUGAGCUUCGAUGACCUGUACAUGGCCUGCCCAAGGUCAGGAUCCUCCACGGUGAUGGGAGAAGAAGUCCUCUCAGAAGUUGUGGCCUGUCCACCCCUUUCCUCCUGCCCUGACGACUCGAUUCACAACUGUGUGCCAACAUCAGAGACAUCUGUGACCCUUCCAGAAGUUUCUGCCCAGCCUGACCCCCCCUCACCAGCAGCAGAGCAACAUCCUGCACCAUGAUCACGCCACUGUCAUGAUUUGACCCAGCAACAACAGACAAAAAGAGACUUACUGUAAUUCCAAAGGAACUUCAAUGAGAGAGACAACCAAGCUGAUUACUGUUCUAACUUCUCUUGUAAUGCCAUCUUUGUCCAGUAGAGGUAGUUGUAGCCCUUUGAAACCUUUGUUCAGCAAAUUGUGUCUGUGCAGUAAUAAGGUGCCUAGUUUAGAUCAUAGCUUGACUGAUUUUGUUGCUGUAUCAUUCAAAUGAGUUGUUUGAAUUCAUAAUUUUUUACUAUGCUGCUUUGAAGUUUUUGUGCCCAAUGCACCCUUUAAUAGAUUUAAGCAGUACAGUGUGAAUAAAUUGUGAAUCAUUAUGAAUGGAGUUAAGUGAUUCAAGCUUAUUUUGAAUAUCCUGCAAUUACGUGGUAUUCAGUGUAUUCUAUCUUAAAUAAAAACGUCUGCAUCGCUGCA